AUGAUUCGGGAAGUUAAUUCUGAAGAUGUUAGGAUCAUUCCAGGAAUUAAUCCGGACAAUGUUGGAUUCAGGGAUUUCCCAUCAGAUUUACAAAAUUUUUGGCGAGAAAAUUCUCAUCCGCGUUUUCAAAAACGGCAAAAAUUUAAUGCUUACGCCACCGAUUCAUUAACUGAAAAUUUACUAGUUAUAAAAAAACUGCAAGAAUUUAAAUAA